GUUUCGCAGACGGCGCUGGUAGGCGAUCGUGAGGCGCCGGAGGACGUUCCCCGCGGCCGGAGCCAUGGAGAUGCCUCUGCCGCCGGACGACCAAGAGCUUCGAAAUGUCAUCGACAAGCUCGCUCAGUUCGUGGCUCGCAACGGGCCCGAGUUUGAGAAGAUGACGAUGGAGAAGCAGAAGGACAACCCGAAAUUCUCGUUUCUGUUCGGGGGCGAGUUCUACAGUUACUACAAGUGCAAGCUAGCGCUGGAGCAGCAGCAGCUGCUCUGCAAGCAGCAGGCCCCGGAGCUAGAGCCACCUGCAGCCCUGCCGCCCCUGCCACAGCCCCCACCAGCACCCACGGCACCCAUCCCGCCAGCCCAGGGUGCCCCGUCCAUGGAUGAGCUCAUCCAGCAGAGCCAGUGGAAUCUGCAGCAGCAGGAGCAGCACCUGCUGGCCCUCCGACAGGAGCAGGUGACGGCAGCCGUGGCCCACGCGGUGGAGCAACAGAUGCAGAAGCUGCUGGAGGAGACACAGCUGGACAUGAAUGAGUUCGACAGCCUGCUCCAGCCCAUCAUUGACACGUGCACCAAAGACGCCAUCUCGGCUGGGAAGAACUGGAUGUUCAGCAAUGCCAAGUCCCCACCGCACUGUGAGCUGAUGGCGGGCCACCUCCGCAACCGCAUCACAGCGGACGGAGCGCACUUCGAGCUGCGGCUGCACCUCAUCUACCUCAUCAACGAUGUGCUGCACCACUGCCAGCGCAAGCAGGCCCGGGAGCUGCUGGCCGCCUUGCAGAAGGUCGUGGUGCCCAUCUACUGCACCAGCUUCCUGGCAGUGGAAGAGGACAAGCAGCAGAAGAUUGCGCGGCUCCUGCAGCUCUGGGAGAAAAACGGCUACUUCGAUGACUCCAUCAUUCAGCAGCUACAGAGCCCCGCGCUGGGGCUCGGCCAGUACCAGGCCACGCUCAUCAACGAAUACUCAGCAGUGGUGCAGCCGGUGCAGCUGGCCUUCCAGCAGCAAAUCCAGACCCUCAAGACACAGCAUGAGGACUUCGUCAGCAGUCUGGCCCAGCAGCAGCAGCUGCCGCAGAUGGAAGCCGAGGUCAAAGCCACGCCACCGCCACCUGCCCCACCCCCAGCCCCGGCGCCAGCCCCGGCCAUGCCACCCACCACCCAACCUGAUGACAACAAGCCUCCCAUCCAAAUGCCCGGCUCUUCAGAGUACGACACUGCAGGAGGGGUGCCGGAUCCCGCCGCCGCUGCGGGGCCCCGCGGUCCUGGGCCCCAUGACCAGAUCCCGCCUAACAAACCGCCGUGGUUUGACCAGCCUCACCCCGUUGCCCCUUGGGGUCAGCAGCAGCCUCCUGAGCAGCCCCCCUACCCGCACCACCAGGGCGGGCCUCCCCACUGCCCACCCUGGAACAACAGUCACGAGGGCAUGUGGGGCGAGCAGCGUGGGGACCCCGGCUGGAAUGGCCAGCGUGACGCGCCCUGGAACAACCAGCCUGACCCCAACUGGAACAGCCAGUUCGAGGGACCCUGGAACAACCAGCACGAGCAGCCGCCAUGGGGCGGGGGCCAGCGGGAGCCACCCUUCCGCAUGCAGCGGCCACCCCAUUUCCGUGGGCCCUUCCCGCCCCACCAGCAGCACCCACAGUUCAACCAGCCGCCGCAUCCCCACAACUUCAACCGCUUCCCACCCCGCUUCAUGCAGGACGACUUCCCCCCACGCCAUCCUUUUGAGCGGCCACCCUAUCCCCACCGCUUUGAUUACCCCCAGGGGGACUUCCCUGCCGAGAUGGGGCCCCCACACCACCACCCUGGUCACCGCAUGCCUCACCCUGGGAUCAACGAGCACCCGCCCUGGGCGGGGCCCCAGCACCCGGACUUCGGCCCUCCUCCCCACGGCUUCAAUGGGCAGCCCCCCCACAUGCGGCGACAGGGCCCUCCCCACAUCAACCACGAUGACCCCAGCCUGGUCCCCAACGUGCCCUACUUCGAUCUCCCUGCUGGGCUGAUGGCCCCCCUUGUGAAGCUGGAAGACCACGAGUACAAGCCUCUGGACCCUAAAGACAUCCGCCUCCCGCCGCCCAUGCCGCCCAGCGAGAGGCUGCUGGCGGCCGUGGAAGCCUUUUACAGCCCACCCUCCCACGACAGGCCCAGAAACAGUGAAGGCUGGGAGCAGAACGGCCUGUACGAGUUCUUCCGAGCAAAGAUGCGGGCGCGGCGGCGGAAAGGCCAGGAGAAGAGGAACAGCGGCCCCUCCAGGUCCCGCAGCAGAUCCAAGAGCCGCGGGCGCUCCUCCUCCCGCUCGCACUCGAGGUCCUCCAAGUCAUCAGGGUCGUACUCCAGGUCCAGGUCACGCUCCUGCUCGCGCUCCUACUCCCGCUCCCGCUCCAGGAGCCGGAGCCGCUCUCACUCAUCCAGAAGCCGCUCCCGGUCCAGGUCCCGGUCCAGGUCCAAGUCAUACUCCCCGGGAAGAAGGCGGCGCUCGAGAUCCAGGAGCCCCACCCCUCCCUCCUCCGCUGGUCUGGGUUCGAAUUCAGCACCUCCGAUACCCGACUCCAGGCUCGGAGAAGAGAACAAAGGCCACCAGAUGCUGGUGAAGAUGGGUUGGAGUGGUUCUGGCGGCCUUGGUGCAAAAGAGCAGGGGAUCCAGGACCCUAUCAAGGGCGGGGAUGUGCGCGACAAGUGGGACCAGUACAAGGGCGUGGGCGUGGCCCUGGAUGACCCCUACGAGAACUACCGGCGCAACAAGAGCUACUCCUUCAUCGCCCGCAUGAAGGCCAGGGACGAGUUCUCCACGUUUGGGGCACGCAAGGAGGAGAAGGAGGACUGAGGCGGGCCUGGGCUGACAGGGAGCCUGGCGCAGGAUGGUGCGGUCCUGCCGGGUGGCGUCGCACACCACAGCUGGGAGGAGCCAGUGAGCGUGGGCACAGGGACCCCCUGCCCCAAGUGGGAACCCUCCCUGGGCCGGUGUGCACGGCCUGGCGCCAGGCCAACCCCACUCGCAACACAAGGAAAGCUGAGGCCGGCGGGCUGUCACUCUCACUGCACUUGGUGUGGUGUCAGCGACAAGAACGUGACCUAGGCGAUCCCCGGGUCACCUGAAGCCUGAGUCCUCUGACGUCCACCCCAGUUGAGUUCUGGUUGUGUACACUGAUCUUUUCCCAAGCGUCAGCUGGUGGCCGUCAGCUGGGUGACAGGCUCUCAGGAGACCUAGGGCCCCUUGGGCUGGGAGUGACACACUGGGCACCUCUGCUCGGGGAACCCCGACACCAGCACUCACGAACCGCGCCACCGCCCAGGUGGCACCUCCUGCCCUCUCACCCCACCUGCCCCCGGCCGCCAAGAGGGAGCCACCGCGCCUCUGCCAGAAGCUGCUGGGGACCGCCACACCUAGAGCCCUGGCAGAGGCGCGGUGGCCCGUCUGUACAGACACCGGACGCUGCUUUCCUCUGACGCAGAGCCCUCCGCAACCUGGCGGCGUGCGGAACGUUUGAGUUUGUUCUAGAUUUCCCGUAGCUGUGGCUUGUUGGAACGUGUCUCGUUCGGGAUGACAGGAAACACGUGCUGUUGCUAGUUUCUCGUGAAUUUUACUGUUUUGCCGUCAAAUAAAGCCUUUUUUAACAGAGUGCUUCCUCUGCGUGAGUCACAA